AGUUGGUAUUUAUCUAAUCUUAGUUUGGAAUGAUCCCCUCUACCCCUCUUUUUAAGGAAAUUUGUCAAGGAAUUUCUGUCAAGUCACCUCAAUACUUUCAACAAGAGCGGUAAAGCUGUUGGUUUGGACGGUAUUGCUUCGGCUUUUUUAUGGUGUUUCAACCAAAUAUACGAGUGCUAAUAAAUGUUACCAAACAAAGUGCCAAGAUUUAAGUUUAUAAUAAUAAGAAUUAAUCCAUUCUGACAAGUACGAAACCUUUCUUUCCCGGUAAACCUUUGUCAACGAACCGUAAGCAAAUAUCCUUUGAAAGAAUUUGUGCGACAAGUUAAAAUAGAUGUCAAGCGCUGUAUUAUAUCAAGUCAUUGACUCAUUUCCCAUUUCCAUUUUUAAAGCUUUACGACGAGAACAAUAAACGAUAGCGACUAAUUUACUACUACUGGAUAUUAAUUUUUUCAGAAACAAAUUUUUUUUCAUACUUGAGUAGAAGAAAAAUAUGAAAUUGGUGAUACUAAUUGUAAAAGAUUGAGACUGGGCAAUCUUUUGUGCCCAGAAUUAACGCGAAAAUGAUGCUCCUAGACAGAGAAAUUAGUUUAUUGUCUUCGAACUAUUAUUUUCCAGUCAGUCAUAUGGGGUGGGGAGUAGGGAUUGUGAUCUUGGCUACUUGAAACAUUCUUACGUAUAGAAUGGCAACGGGUCAUUAUCGGGCGGGUAUCAUAUUUCUUGUUCCGUACUCAUUACAUUACACAUCCGUUUUCGUCGGUGUAUCCGUUGGGUAAUAUUUUUCACAUAAUCCAAACCUGUUCCAAAUACCGGUACUAUGCGUUGCUGCAAGCUAAACGAACAGCAACAAGACAUUCCAACGUAAUCUUUGCCUUCUUAAGGAGCAAAUCAUCGUACAUCUCUUGAGCAUUGUUUAAAAAACACAACUAAGCAAAAGCUGGAGUGUCCAAAUUCCAUCCAGGAUCAGCACUCUGUAGAAAUUAAUUCAUAACUCACCAUGUUACAAACAUAUAAAUUAGAACUGAAACUAAAAUUGACCUUAUGAUGGGUACCAGACAAAACCCAUCAAACAGGAAUCCAGAGCUGCUGACGUCGCCUGGUGCCGAUGGUGUGCUUCUGGUGAUGCGCAGCUUUUGGUCUGCCAUGGAAGUCAACGUGAAAGAGGGAGGCUGGUUUUUUGAGAGUUGAUCUACAUUCUGCUAAAUUCACUAAAAGUAUCAAACUCAAGGGACUAGUUCCAUAUAUAUGAACAAGUUUAAGAAUUUUACAUUACUAAAAAAUUAAACCAUAUGAUAUAGAUCUAAAUAUACACUAGAAUCGAAAUCAUCUUAACCGAAAUCGAUAUACAAUUAUUCAUUAAUUUGACAUUAAUCAAUUUAAUCCAAACCUAAGUAACUUUGUUGGGCCAUCAAUUUAGAGAUUAAUUCAACACACUCAACCACAACAUUGGAAUCACAUGACCGAAAUCACCCACAGUGCUUAACAACUACAUAGCAAAGAAAAUAAUUUCUUUACUUAUCCCUUUUACGUUAAUCACAUAACACGAACUGUAAAACCAUCUGCCAGCAAAUCCCCUAUCUGUACGUUCUGCUACCUCACAAAACAGGGGCUGAGCAUCUUCCGAUUUUGCAGACCUACUAUGAGAGAUUGGUAUAUGUGCAGAGGAUCCAUGAGCAUCUUCCCAUAUGGGUACCUUGACAAGUGAUAUUCUCAAACCAUGGUAGUUUUUCAGGGCUUAGUGGUGUCUUCUGUGACUUCCAUACCCAUACAACUCCUUGGGAAUCUCUCACCUAUGUUUUAAGGCAAGCUGACCGAGGAAUUUUGGCAUCAGCUGGAAGCUGUUGUGAAUAAAGUUUAUCAACGUGGUUAAAUCAGAAUAACGGAGAAGAUUAAUGCAUCCGAAAAAGUGAACUUAGGCUAAAGUUAAAUAGAUGCAGACCUGAGGUAUCUUGACACAUUUUCCAUUGCCUUCAAAUCCCCAGGUGUCUAUGGUUCGUAAAGACUUAAUAUAGCAGGAUUUCCUAGCUAGUUUGGCUUUUCUAGAGAUCAGCUCAUUCACACAAUUAAGGCAGCUAAAAAUUGAAUCAAUGUUAGAGAUCAAGUGGCAAGAUUACCUUUGGGGACAUCGACCUUGAUAACGUUGAAAUACUCCAUUUCCAUCUUUAUACAACAGAGACUGGAGGCGGAUCACUGUAUAUUAUUAAGGUGUUAGACAUUCAAAAAAUUAAAAAUAAAACACUUAAAAGAAAAAAAAAUUUUGAUAUUUUUUCGUUAAAUGUUAAACACUAAAAAAAAAAAAAAAAACCUUGAAUACAUAACUAAAAACGAGCAGAUGAUCAAACACAUUCAGACCAAGAGAAGAAUCAACUGGUACAUCCUUGGUGAGGCAAAGUGGGUACCAUUCCUCUGUCCAAUUAUAGUCUGCCACGAUACCACGCCCCUGGCUAAGUUUUCACUUUACGUGAACUAUAAAUAUGAUGUGAAAAAACACACAAUAAUCUAUCGUUGUUCCAUAAUACCCUUUCUUUAUUCCACAUAUUUGAGGCUAUUUGAUUAAGGAGAAAGCAACCCAAGUUUGGCAUUUUCCAUAUUGUUUCAUGACGCUCGUGUUUGUUUUAUAAUGUUAUUCCUUUCAUUCGAGAGAAUUAAUUUUGGACAAUCUGUCACUAUCAAGAACUGGUUCUUCCAGUUUGAACUUUGGCUGGGAAUUUCUUUGAAACUUUUACUGUUGGAUUUAACUAUUGAAAUAAUGAUUACGGCAACUUUUUAUAUAUACUCCAAAACGUUCAAAUAGAUAUGGUUAACUGAUUUUGAGACAAUUCCAAUAUGAUUGUUGUACUUUGUUGGUCGAUAGUUGUCAAAUAGGAGUAUUUAUUUUAAGCUCCUUUUUUAUUUUUGACUCUUGGUAAUCAAAAUCCUAUUCAAUAAAUCCAAGCUCCAGAAUAAUCAAACCAAAUUAAAAUGAAUACUUUCAGCUCUGGACCCAAUUUUUUUUUUUUUUUUUUGUAAUUGUGGGUGCAUUUGGAUAACAUUUUACCAUGUAUCUUUUUGGUUUCAACUGCAUUGUUGGGUGCAUUUGAGUAGCAUCCUACGGUCUAAUUGAAGGCUUUCAAUCUUACUGUCUCUCCAAUUGGAGAUCGAAAGUCGAAGCAUCCUGUAGUUUAUUGUCCUUUCAGAUAAUCAACUUUUUUGUCUAAAGCAUUCGACUAUCUUAAUGUAAAUUUGAAACAGAAGAUAUUUUUGAUUAUGACAAUCGGUUGCUUCUGUCGAGUAUUGGAUUGUUUAAUUUUCAAACAUGGUAAUGUAUUACCUUUGGUUAGACAAUUAACUGUUAUAAUCAAUUUCACUGUCAAUGCAAAAUUUACAUUUAAAGAUAUAUCUUUAUCAUUAAUUUUAAUUUCUUCUAAGUCAAUCAUCUUCCUUUUAGGAGGUCAAACUCCCCCAAGCUCUUUACCGGCCAGACAGUUAUUUUUGGCUUUCAUUAGCACAAUGAACUAUAUGAGUUACAUAAACAGAUAACUUAGGGAAAAUGAUGAAUGCUAUACAAUUGUCCCCAGAGCAAGAAAUAACAUAUACCAUAUUGGGUUGAACAAGAUGUGAUCUCUCGAUGCUCUAGAGGAAAAAAAAAGAGACAACAAGGAAAACAGCCGGAUUAGAGGACCAAGAUGAUUACUAUGCUAGCUAGGUAAGUAAAGCACUACUGGUAUACAUAUAAUCUUCAUCGGCUUAAAACUCACAAUGACAGUGAAAGAAACCAAAACAAUCCAACAUUAAUAAGGUAGACUUAAAAACAGCUGUCUUGGUCCAAAGUUUUAGUAAAAAAUUACAUAAAAUGAGAAGAGAGGUACAACCGUCCUAUUUUCUAUGAAUAUCCCAACCACCAGCCUUAAUCUUGACGCCCUCUAAAGUAUACAUAGAGCUAUAAAUUUUCUUGACAUUUCACCAAUAAUAAUUGUAAAGUAGUUGAAAAAAGAGAUGAAACUUGUAGCAUAUACAUGGAUGCUACUCUGUACGUGCCUUUUGGGGCUUCUCACUUGUGGAGAAGCCAACCAGGCUGAAACGUUUGGUAGCUUUCUCAGGUCCAGAUUGUCACGAAAACCAUCUCCAGCACAUUCAAUGGAAUGGUUUCAUAAAAAAACAGGGUAUUCCUCCAAUUACAUCCAGCCUCAAGAUGGCUCCAUGGAGAGUGAUAAAAUUGGUGCAUUGCCUGGAGAACCUAAUGCUGUGGGUUUUAACCAUUACGCAGGAUAUGUGACUGUUGAUUCUCAGGCUGGCAGAGCACUUUUCUACUAUUUUGCUGAGUCCCCAGAGAACUCUUCAACAAAUCCUUUGGUUUUAUGGCUCAAUGGAGGACCAGGAUGCUCUUCAUUAACUGGAGCAAUGACGGAAUUAGGACCUUUCAGAGUAAAUAGUGAUGGCAAAACACUUUUCCUGAACAAUUAUGCAUGGAACAAUGUGGCGAAUGUGAUCUUCUUGGAAUCCCCAGCUGGAGUAGGCUUUUCCUAUUCGAAUACAACCUCCGAUUACAAGAAUACAGGUGACAAAAGUACUGCCGCAGAUGCCUACACAUUCCUCGUAAACUGGCUCGAGAGGUUCCCGCAAUAUAAAACCCGGGAUUUUUACAUAACCGGAGAGAGUUACGCUGGUCACUAUGUGCCUCAGCUUGCUUACACCAUUCUUCUCAACAACAAAAGCUCAAACCAAACAGUGAUUAAUCUUAAAGGCAUUGCGGUUGGCAAUGGUUUGAUUGAUAAUCGUACUUGGUAUUUGGGGCAAUUCGGCUACUUCUGGACGCAUGCUUUAAACUCAGAUGAAACAAACAAAGGAAUUCACACCUAUUGCCACUAUUUUAAUGGAACGGAUCCAAAGCAAUGUGUAGACUUCAUGAACAAGGGGUAUAAUGAGCCUGGUGAUAUAGAUGGUUACAACAUUUAUGCCCCACUUUGUCAAGGAUAUUCUUCUUCAUCAAAAAAAGGUUCGGUAAACAGUUUCGAUCCGUGCUCAGGCGACUAUAUGAUAUCUUAUCUGAAUAUAGCAGAGGUGCAAAGUGCUCUCCAUGCUAGGGUUUCAAAAUGGUAUCAAUGCAGCGACUUUAACUGGACUGAUAGCCCAGUUACUGUCUUACCUAUAAUCCAGAAUCUGAUGGCAAGUGGUCUUAGAGUUUGGCUAUACAGCGGUGAUGUAGAUUCAGUCGUCCCAAUUACCUCAACCAGGUAUGGAAUAAACCUCCUCAAGCUCCCUGUAAAGACUGCUUGGCGUCCGUGGUCCAACAAUAAGGAGGUUGGAGGAUAUUUGGUGGAAUAUGAAGGUCUGACAUUGGUGACAGUGAGAGGAGCAGGACAUUUUGUUCCCAGAGACCAACCCGCUCGUGCUCUUACCAUGAUUUCCUCAUUCCUUCAAGGAGUUCUGCCUCCACCAUGACCAUUCUCCCAAGAGCUAAAGCUGACUAGAUGAAUGUGAUUUUCUAAACUUUUUCAACUAAUAAUUAAGGUAUCUUAGACAUAAUAAUGUUG